UUCAUGGGUAGAGGAGGUUUAUGCAAAUCACUGCUAAUUGCUGGACUAGUCUUCUCACUAGUCUACAUUCUCCUAUCUAGCUAUCCUUGCUGUCAAUCUUCUUCUCACCUCCUUUCUUCCUUUAGUAAGGGAUGGAACUCUUAUGCUCAUGGCAGUUCUGCCAUUCAACCCACCACUCCUACUGACAUUAGCCACAUUGUGUUCGGCAUAGCCGGUUCUGCGAGUACUUGGAGAAGCAGGAGAAAUUACAUUGAAGCAUGGUGGAGGCCAAACGUGACCAGGGGAUACGUCUGGUUAGAAAGAUUUCCCACAGACUACUUCCCAUGGUCUCCAUCUUCUCCUCCCUUUCGGGUUUCUGAGGACACCGGAAGAUUCAAGGAUUACGACAGACACGGGAUGCGAUUUGCAAUUCGAAUGGUCCGUGUGAUCUUGGAGACUUUCAGGGAGGAUCAUGAGGAUGUGAGAUGGUAUGUGAUGGCUGAUGAUGACACAGUCCUCGUUAUUGAUAAUCUAGUGAAGCUCCUCUCUACCUACGAUCAUAACAACUAUUUGUACAUCGGCCAUAGCUCGGAGUGCACUUCAGCCAACGCCUUGAACUCAUACGAAAUGGCAUUUGGUGGGGCUGGCUAUGCUUUGAGCUACCCUCUGGCAAAGGCGGUGGUCAGUCAUUUAGACGAGUGCGUCAAGAGAUAUCCCACCUUGUUUGGGAGUGACCAUAUACUACAAUCCUGUAUUUCUGAGUUGGGGAUCUCGUUAACUCAUGAACGRGGUUUUCAUCAGAUCGAUCUGCGUGGGGACAUAUCAGGUUUCUUAUCAGCUCAUCCACAGGUUCCCUUCAUCUCCCUCCACCACCUUGACGUGGUGGAACCCAUCUUCCCUUCCAUGGAUCGUUAUCAAUCCCUAAGACACCUUAUGAARGCUGCGGAAGCCGAUUCUUCUCGUCUCCUGCAACAAACCAUCUGUUACGACAAGAACAAUAGCUGGAGCUUAUCCAUCUCUUGGGGAUAUUCUGCACAUAUUUAUGAGAGAAUUCAGUACCCCAGCAUUUUACAGAUGCCGAUCGAGACAUUCAAGCCAUUUAGCAGCUGGGCUAGGCCUGCUUUCGUGUUCAACACCAGGCCCCCAUCCCGUCAUCCAUGCGAAGCUCCCCAUGUCUUCUUUUUUCAAUCCGUAGUUCCAGCCAGCGCAACCGAAUUUCUUACAACUUACACUCGAAGAUCUCCACGAUGGUUACCGCCUUGUUCCUCAAACGGCAAUCACUCCGCCGAUCGGAUCUCAGAGGUUCGGGUAUUCUCCUCUGCAAAGAGGCUCGACUGGAUUGGAACAAGAAGAGAAUGCUGUGAUUUUGUCGGUAACUCUGGAAUGAACGUCUCCGAGGUGAGAAUUAGGACAUGUAUGGAGAACGAAGGACUAACGUGACGUGACCACAAGACUCUCUUGCUUGAGGAGGGGGACAAGUCAACUACACUUGGAUAUUGAGGGAAAGAAACUGAAUAUAUUUUCAUAACUGUCCUCUGUUUUUACUGAAGUACCAUUACGUUUUGUUUACCAAAAAAAAGAAUUACCCUUACGUUUCUGCAACUGGAUAUACCAAAUGUUAUUAGACCUGUUCAU